UUGGAACUAAUGAGGUAAUGUUUAGAGCUCAGGAGACUGGUACUUGAUGUUCAACCCUACUGCACUGAGACCUCUGAAGACUCCCUGGAAAAUGACAAACCUUUAGGACUGCCAUGCCACCUGAUGGCCAGUGCCAGGCCAUCUACCUACUUCUCUACAGAGCUUGCCCUCCUUUCCUCGAACACUCUGGACCCUUGGUCAGAGUCUUAUGAUGCACGACCCUUUAAUGUGGAAGUACAUCAAUGGAGGUUUUCCAACUUUAAAACUUCCACCUCUGAUGCUGGAAAGACAGCUUGGCAUAUGAAGGCUCUGAAGACCUGGCACUCGGGGACCUCCUGCUCAUCAGCUUAUGAAUGAGACUUCCUCAACAGUACUCUGCUCAGUCCCCAUAAGACCAAACUGCUCCUCUCCUCCAGGUCUCACACAGAAAGCCAACACUCGGCCUAGCCCCUGACAUGACUACCUGCUAUUCAUUUAACUGAUACCGUAAGCCCAUGAGCUCCUUAGGAUAGGGACUAGGACAUAUUCCUCUUCACCUCCCUUAAAACCAGGCAUGGAUUUCAUAAAGAAGGGACCACUGAUAGCGGAAUAAAUCACUUUGCGACUUCUAAUGGAGGAGGGCCAGAACCCUACCUUAUCAGAAGCCCCUGUGAUGCUACAUCAGUUUCUGUAUGAAUCCUCCAGAAACACACUGCUGGAAUAGACCUCCCACCCUCUGUACCUAGCCUUCAGGAUUGUCAUCACUCCUCAAUCUUAUGGAGGAUGACAUGAGCAUGUGAUGCUACAUGCAUUUCUCUGCUACCACAGCAGUCCAUAAAGGCAUGUGGUAUUAUUACCCAGAGAGGCGAAUCUCUAUGUCAACUGCUUCCUUAUGGGAUUGGGAUUCCCACAGUAUGAAAUGGAGCCAGAAGUUACAUUUACUUUCUACUACAUGGCUGAAAAUAAAAUCCAGCUGAAGCUGGAGAGAGGUAAUGUGCCCACAGGACUUGGACUCUACUCAGGGCAUGAAGGUGUCAUUAGAACUUCACUGUGGUUUGCAACGCCUCCCUUCAGCUCAUUUAGGAGGUUAUGCAACCAGUGAUCCUAUUUAAAAAAAACAAGUUCAUUCAAGCCUCAUCUGUCAGCUCAGCUACCUGGGAGUCUCACACAUCCUCUCUGCACUCUGGACCCUGGCUGCUGCUGCCAUGAAAACUCAUUACUUUCUCCUGGUGAUGUUAUUUUUUCUUUUCUCCCAGAUGGAGCCAGGUGUCAGCAUUCUCACAAGUCUUGGACGAAGAACAGAUCAAUACCGAUGCCUCCAGAAUGGAGGAUUCUGUCUCCGCUCCAGCUGCCCAUUUAAUACCAAACUACAGGGAACCUGUAAACCAGAUAAGCCCAACUGUUGUAAGAGCUGACAGUGGCUUGAAGAAUGGACAUAAAGGACAAGUGGGGGAUUGCAAAAUUAGUGUUUUAAUAAAUGAAAUGUUUCUGAAGUCUAUUUACAUCAUAUCAAAAUAAAUUUUAUGUCUCAGU